CGGCGAUCUCCGUGAUCGCUGUGUCCUACGGACACAGCGGAUCACGUGCUGUGGUAAAAGGCCAAUCACAGCGGCCUUUUACCACGUGAUCAGCCGUGUCCAAUGACACGCUGAUCACCGGGAAAUGCAAGUGCCGGGCACUGAUGAUCAGUGCCCUGAUGAUCGGUGCCCAGCAGUGCCACCCACCAGUUCUGCCCACCUGUGCCCAGCAGUGCGCCCACCUGUGCCCAGCAGUGCACCCUCCUGUGCCCAGCAGUGCACCCAGCAGUGCCACCCAGCAGUGCCACACACCUCUGCUCAG